CACAAACAUAAAUCGUUUAAUUAAAUGUCAAAUUUUCCAUUUAGGAUCUAAACACCCAACGCACUUUGCGAAACCGGAUAAAAAAACAACAACAACAACUACCCGGAGUCAUUUUAAUGCGACGCAAUAGAUUAAUGGCUGCAGUCAAUGUAAAGCUCUCUUCUCAUUGUUUACAUUUAGAAACGACGUGUCUCCCGUGUUUGAACUAGCUGACAUCGUCGCAGCACCAGACGCCAGCUCGCCAUGACGCUAAAUACAUCUAACUACGUUUAAAAUCUAUGUCUUGUAGUCAGUAUCAAACGGACAAGCUGCCGACUAGCCCUGCGAGCUAACAGUGGCUUCUCCAUAUCUUCACUGGGUCAUCUCUAGCUCCAGAGAUGCUAAGUUAGGCACCUCGUCCCGUUUUUUAGUUCUAUUUUUUUUGUUUCGACUUUCCUCCUUGUCGGAUGUUACGGACUGCCAAAUGAAGGAGAACGUAUAGCGAAAGGUGUUGCCUGAAGGCCAGACAAAAUCUUCUUAUCUGCUUAACUUCACAGGGUGCACCAUGUUUAGUGUCCCUCAAAGCUCCAAGUCCGAGUUCCUGGACAAAGCCAGGCAGGCCAGAGAGGAAAGAAAGGGACACAAGGAGAGGGAGAAAGCAGCAACCCAGAUCCAAGCUCUGGUGAGGAGAUUCCUCUGUCGCUGCAGGCUCCAGAAGCAAAUCAGGAAAGAAGUCGACGACUAUUAUCAAGCCUCUGAAGCGGGGACAACAAAAAGAAAUGCACUUUCCAUUUUCAAAAUUGCUCGAAAAUUAUUAUUCAUAUACCGCCUUGAGGAUAAGAUGAGAUUUGAGAAGCUCUGUCGAGCUAUUCUGGCCAGCAUGGAGGUGGAAAAUGAGCCUAAAGUCUGGUAUGUUUCCUUGGCGCUCUCCAAAGACCUCACCAUUCCCUGGCUGAAACAGAUCAAAGAUGUGUUGUGGGUCUGCUGCCAACUACUGAAGAACCUAAAGCCUGACAUUCUCCAAGACAACAAGCUGGUUACGCUGUACCUCACUAUGCUGGUGACCUUCACCGACACGUCGACGUGGCGGAUAGUCCGAGGAAAGGGUGAAGCUCUGAGACCUGCUCUGACGAGGAUCUGUGAAAACAUCAUGGGGCAUCUGAAUCAGAAGGGAUUCUACUCAAUACUGCAGAUCCUGUUGACCAAUGGCCUGGCCCGGUCUAAACCAUCGCUUUCUAAAGGCACCCUCACUGCUAUUUUCUCUUUGUCUCUGAGGCCGGUCAUUGCUGCUCACUUCUCAGACAACCUGCUCCGAUCCUUCCUCCUCCACAUCAUGUCCGUUCCUGCCGUCGUGUCCCACCUCAGUGUCUUGACUCCGGAGUGCAUGGCUUUAAUCCAGACCCAUGACCUGCUGCGGAAGUUCAUUUUGUUUCUGAGUCGGGAAGAGCAGUGUCUGGACAUCUGCGUGUGUCUGGAGGGCAGCCACACACUCUGCUUACUCGGAAACCUGAUCCAUUUGGGUUACCUCAGUGAGAAAGUCUUAGAAGAGGAGGCCAACCAUUUUGUGAAGGACCUGACCGACAUGCUGUCAUACUGCCAAAGAUACGUAUCGCAAAAGAAGUCCAACCUCACGCACUGGCACCCCGUCCUGGGCUGGUUCUCUCAAACCGUGGACUACGGUCUCAACGAGUCGAUGCCCCUGGUCACCAAACAGCUUCAGCACCUGUGGGGCGUGUCCGUCAUUCGAACUCUCUUCAGCGACGUCCUCUCCAAGAAGCUGGAGAGCCAGGAGUCCACGCCGCCGCCGCCGCAGCCGAGCACGUCUCAGAACAAUCUACCUGUUAAGAAUCUUUUUAAGAGAGCGUUUCAGAAGUCGGCUUCUGUGAGGAACAUCCUGAAACCUGUGGGAGGGAAGCGAGUCGACUCGGCCGAGGUUCAGAAAGUGUGCAGCAUCUGCGUGCUCUACCAGACCGCUCUGUCCACGCUGACGCAGAUACGCCUCCAGAUACUCACCGGUCUGACGCAUCUUGAUGACCUUUUGCCCAAACUGUGGGCGUUCAUCUGUGAGCUCGGUCCUCAGGGAGGGCUCAAACUCUUCAUGGAGUGUCUGAACAAUGAUACAGAGGAGUCCAAACAGCUGCUGGCUAUGCUGAUGCUGUUCUGUGACUGCUCCCGCCAUCUUAUCACAAUUCUGGACGACAUUGAAGUGUAUGAGGAGCAGACAUCCUUCAAGAUAGAGGAACUCAUCACUAUCUCCUCUUUUCUGAACACCUUUGUGUACAAGAUGAUUUGGGAUGGCAUCUUAGAAAAUGCGAAGGGAGAAAAACUGGAGCUCUUUCACAGCGUUCACGGUUGGCUGAUGGUUCUGUAUGAACGGGACUGCAGGCGCAGGUUCAGCCCUGACGACCACUGGCUUCGCAAGGAUCUGAAGCCGAGCCUGUUGUUCCAAGAGCUGGAGAAAGGGAAAAAGAGAGCCCAGCUUCUGCUGCAGUACAUCCCACAUGUUAUCCCACAUAAAAAUAGGGUGCUGCUGUUCAGAAACAUCGUCACGAAGGAAAAAGAAAGUUUAGGGUUGGUAGAAACCAGCUCGGCUUCUCCGCACGUCACCCAUAUUACUAUUCGGCGCUCGCGGAUGCUGGAAGACGGAUACGACCAGCUCCGCAGGUUACCGGCAAACUCUAUAAAAGGCGUCAUUCGUGUGAAGUUUGUCAACGACCUUGGAGUGGACGAGGCUGGGAUCGACCAGGAUGGCGUCUUCAAAGAGUUUCUGGAGGAGAUCAUUAAGAAAGUUUUCAAUCCCGCCCUCAACCUGUUCAAGACUACCAGCGGGAAUGAAAGGCUGUAUCCCUCCCCCACAUCCUACAUCCAUGAGAAUCACUUGCAGCUCUUUGAGUUUGUUGGGAAGAUGCUCGGUAAAGCUGUCUACGAGGGCAUCGUUGUCGAUGUUCCUUUUGCCUCGUUCUUCCUCAGUCAAGUCCUGGGACACCACCACAGCACCUUCUACAGCUCCAUAGACGAGCUUCCCUCCCUGGACUCUGAGUUUUACAAAAACCUCACUUCCAUUAAGCGCUACGAUGGAGAUGUGGGAGAUCUAGGAUUAACCUUAUCGUAUGAUGAGGACGUCAUGGGGCAGCUUGUCUGUCACGAGUUGAUACCCGGAGGUAAAACCAUGCCGGUCACCAAUGAAAACAAGAUCAGCUACAUCCACCUGAUGGCUCACUUCCGGAUGCACACGCAGAUCAAGGAGCAAACGGCGGCUUUCAUCCGGGGUUUCCGCAGCAUCAUUAAUCCAGAGUGGCUGCACAUGUUUUCCACGCCUGAGGUUCAGCGGCUUAUCUCAGGGGAUAACGCCGAGAUCGAUUUAGACGACCUCAAGAAACACACAGUCUACUACGGAGGUUUCCACAGCAGCCAUCGUGUCAUCAUCUGGCUGUGGGACAUCCUGUCCAGUGAUUUUAAUGCUGAGGAGAGGGCCAUGUUCCUUAAAUUUGUUACCAGCUGCUCAAGGCCGCCUCUUCUGGGUUUCGCUUACCUCAAACCACCGUUCUCCAUCCGUUGUGUGGAAGUCUCAGAUGAUCAGGACACAGGAGACACCCUCGGCAGCGUCCUCAGAGGCUUCUUCACCAUCCGAAAGAAGGAGCCCGGCGGUCGACUCCCAACUUCGUCUACGUGUUUCAACCUUCUGAAGCUGCCCAACUACAGCAAGAAGAGCAUCCUGCGUGACAAACUGCGUUACGCCAUCAGUAUGAACACAGGCUUCGAGCUCUCCUAAGUCUGCAUCGGAGCGAUCAGGAUGGGCGUGUUAGACAACGUGAACUGAGCAGGAGGCUCAGGUUAUGCGGCACAUUAAAGAGCCACCAGCUAGACAAAGGAGAGGGAGGACCGGACCUCUUUUUGGCCUCUAAACCAACUGGCUGAGCUCGGAUAGAGUGAGACCUACUCUAUGUCUCUGUUUGAAGUGGAAGCUGCUCCUGCAACACGGUCAAUUUUUUAAUCGUCUCCUAAAAAUGGAUAUUUAAUAUUUUUAACGUAACACACAAACACACCAUGGUUUGAUCUCAGUUUCUCAGGCUCAACAGAAUCGCCCUUGGAUCCGAGGCCACCGUUUUGAGACAGCUGGAAAGCAAUACGGAUGCAACGCAAGCCAUUAAGACGCAAAGUCUUACUCACGGGAGUAAGACCGAACUACCAAUCAUUGCUAAAUAUGCCGUCAAGGUUGGAUUUCAUCCGAUGAGUCCUGAAAUGUAUCUCCCAAAAGAAGCCUUUUUUUUUUUUUUUUUUUCUUGGAGUGUGAGACAAAUCCGUGUGUUGUGUUGAACCUCAAAGAACAAGAAGAGAUCGCUCAAAGUCAUAAAUCUGCAUUAAUUACCCUUGAUCUUGCUAAAAGGAAACGCAUCGACCCGUGGAGUCCGUUGCGUUCUCUGCAUGUCUGAGAGCCAAACGUCACCCUCGCCUCUGUUCAGAAAGUCCAGUCAUGCUGUUAUUUGAUAGAAAGCUGUCCUUCCUGUACCAUCCGUUACCUUGAAGAGAAGAAAACAAACCGGGGGGAGGAAAAUAGCUGUCAAUAUUUUCACCUGCGGGGUAGAGCAGACAAAGCUGUCGUAUAUAUUACACCCAUUUGUAAUAUCAUGAAGUAAAUCAGUCUUCUAUGUGUUUUAUAGCAGAAAACCACGUUCACUCCACCUCAUAAUAAUGCUGAGUGCCUCAUGUCUCACCAUGACCACAUGCUAGCACAUGUGCAGUUGUACUUCAGCUCUAACCAACCACCACAUAUUGGGGGAAAAAAAAGCCAUAGAUGUUGGGGCUACGGUCCUGGACCACCUCUCUAAAUGAGACGGAGCGCUAACCGACGCCACCGCGGAGGCUGUUUCUGCAAACCUCUCUGAUCUCUGUGGACGUUUUUCCUUAAGCCAUGCGGAAACGAUCUCGCUGUCUGAAGACCUUUUUUUUUUAAAAUGAUGUCACGGACUGACUCGUCAACCAAAUACAGCUGCUCGAUUGGACGGCGUUCCCCCCCCCUUGAAAGUGUUGCACUGGUUUUUGUGGGGACACGAAGAUGAAUGUGACCUUUAUAAGCCUGAAUAUUCCUUUAAACCGGGUGUAUUUACACUAGAGAGCGACAGAAGGGACUUUUUUGUGGUCAUGUAAAAA